AUGGAGAAUUCGUUGGAUGACAAAAAGCGGCACACUGGCUCCCUUCCUGGGUUCGCCAACAUUCAAAAUGUGCCCAUAUCGCCAAUGAUCAAGCACUCUGGCCUCGUCUUCGCAAUCCUUCUCGCAAUCUUCUUCGUUUGUCGACAAUACGUCCUCGAAAACGCUCUCGACAGGGGGCUCAUCUACAAACGCGUGUGGCCAACACUCAACGCUCGCCAGAAACGUGGCUUCGUAAACCACCAUCUGUCCAUUGCGGCCAAGAUCUUCGUUGUGGCUUUCGCCAUUUACCCUUUUUUUGCCGUCGUCCUCGGCAAAGCCGACUUCCACACGCCCAUGUUUGGUUCUGGUGUGGGGCAUAAGCGACGAGACAGUGUCUUCACGAUGGGCGAUGCGCUGUAUCUCGCAAUCAUGAUCGUCUCGGUCAUGUACGGGCAUGAGUUGGCGUACCGCGAGGGUAUCAGUUAUGUCGCUGUUGCCCACCAUGUUGGUGUGCUUGUCAUGGGCCAGUUGACGCUGUACUGGAGCGGGAAGACCAACCGUCAACCAGAUGCAGCUUUGGAGGCUGUCUUGGCUUUGUUCUGGGGGUUCUUCGACCUGAGUGUCGAGGUACCUCCUCACGUCACCAUGAUCAUCUACCGCGAUCCCGAAGUUACAUCUGAGAAACUACUACGCUCCUUUUCCGUGGCUUUCUGGUGCUCGUCCAUUGGAACCUUAGCUGAGACAGGAACCAUAUUCGGAUUGUAUGGUGCUCUGUUCCACAGGUGGACACUUACCAUGAAGAUCAUGAUUCCGAUUCUGCACUGCAUCUUUACGGCUGCGCAGGUCUGGGGUGAGUGGUGCACAUGGAGCUUGUGGCAGCAGGAGAAGAGGAAGGUAGCAAGGGGAGACAGGAAAGAAAAAGAUGAUCUGCCAGCCGGUGAUGUAGAACAGAAGUAG